AUGGACUCUCAGUUCAAAGUAUUAAUUGUGGGCGCCGGAGUCGCCGGUCUGGCUCUGGCUCAGAUCUUGCGCAAGCAUCAUGUAGAAUUUGAGAUCUACGAAAGAGAUGACGGCAGCCGUGGACAAGGUUGGUCUAUCGCAUUAGACAAGUUGCAUGACCUCCUCCCUCAGGAUAUAGACAGCCUGUACAACGCCAGCACCAAUCAUAGCAUUGGGAAACCAGAUGGAUUCGAAUUCAUAGAUGGCAAGACUCACGAGAUCCUAGGUGUCGUCGGCAACGUGAAGCAAUCGCACCUUGGACAUAACAUUUCUGCUAGUCGCGACCUUUUCCGCCGAAUACUCAUGAAGCACCUCGACAUUCAAUACGGCAAACGUUUUGUAAAGUACGAAGAGAGUAAGAAUGGAGUGCAAAUUGCCUUUGAAGAUGGCACAACGGCGACAGGUCAUCUGUUGAUAGGAGCCGAUGGAGCAAACUCACCCGUGCGAGGGCAACUUAUUGAAGGGUUCAAAGCCACGCCCAGCAGCCUGGCCACUUUGCACGGGAACACGGUUCUGGAUAGGAAAUUGUACGAACCGCUGAUCGAAAAAGGUAAUUCUGGAGUUAUAGUGGGUCAAGAUGGCCUAAAGUUCACCCUGCUGUUGCUGGAGUAUCUUGACGACGGCACGGCAUUGUUCAAUUGGGUUUGCUCCUACAAGAGCAAAGAUGCAGAAAGCGAAACCCGAUGGGCUGACACGGCUGACAGAGAAGCUUUGUUUGAGAAAGCUUUGGAAAUAGCCGGGCAUCUCCCACGUCGUAUCGUGGAUGCAGUACGAAAUACCACUCCAGCGGGUGUGCAUAAGCCACCAAUCAAAUUGUUGGAAACGGUGCUUCCAAAACAGGCUCUUCCCAGAGGUCGGGUGACGUUAGUUGGCGAUGCCGCUCAUUCGAUGGUACCGUUUCGGGGCAUGGGUGCCAACACCGCCAUCCUAGACGUGUGCGACUUGGCAGAGGGCAUCAUCCAUGGGAUUGAAAGUGGAGACGACUUGAGUUGGAUGCUGAAAUCGUACGAAACCACGAUGAUUCCGCGCGGUAGAUCCAAAGUCCUUGAAUCAAGGGCCACCGGUGACUCAGCUGACGCACUCGAGGUCGCAGGUGGUCGCUUGCAGCGGAAUUGA